GAACGAUGGACGUUAUCAGAAAUAGUGUGGCUGAAAUGAGUUCAAAUCUAAAUGUGUCCUGAUUUGACCACUUCUGCAAAACUUCACGAAUCGUCGUCGUGACGCACCAAUCAUCUUGCGACAGUUUGACCUUCAAUUUACGAGGACACUCCAAAAAGUUCACAAGCCCAGAACAAAUCGCUUGUCAGCUGACUAUCGACUUUCUCAUCGAAUCAUCGACGAGUGGAAUUCACUACCUCAGCACGUGGUUGAGGCUCCAUCUGUCGACUCUUUCAAAAGAAAGUUGGAUCAACUGAGAGACCACCAUUGCCAGGACUAACACAGGCCAUCAAGCCUCCUGUCCUUUCCAAACUGAAACUGAGACUGAAAGUCCACGCAACCUCCCUCUGUGUAUGAUACCCCUGAAGCGUUGCCGUCGUCGGGUCUUUCACGAUUUAUAUUGGUUACAAUGAUAUCUUGUUAGUUCAGUUAUUCUGCUCAUCUGUUCCGUCAAAAUACGUGUUAUUGUCUCUGUGGACGGAUUCUAUAAUGUAUAGAAAGGCUGGGAUUGCAUCAAUUAAAAGCAAAUCGCUUGCUCAGUCGAAGUACAAAGAAAAAAGUGAUGAGUUAGCAGGAAAUCAGAUAACAACACUAUCACGACAGUUUGAACAAGUUCGUCAGUCGCUUGAAUUAUUUGCGAGCAAACACGGGAACAAGAUUAAAGAGGAUCCACAGUUACGUUCACAAUUUCAAGCAAUGUGUAGUAGUAUUGGUGUUGACCCUAUAGCAUACAGUCGUGGGUGUUGGUCAGAAGCAUUAGGUUUGGGGGAAUUUUACUACCAUCUAGGUGUGAAAAUUAUUGAGGUAUGCAUGGCUAACCAAAAACACACUGGAGGCAUUAUACCUCUGCAUGAAUUGGUAUCUCUGUUAAACAAAAACAGAACACGAUAUGAGUCUGAAGUUAGUGCUGAUGACGUAAAAAGGUCUAUCAGAAAACUGCGUUGUCUAGGAACAGGGUUCAGUCUCAUUAGUCUAUCUGGUGGUCGGUUAUUGGUCCAGUCGGUUCCAGGUGAAAUGAAUAUGGAUCAAACUUUGGUGUUGGGGCUCGCAGAAAGUUCUGAUAGUCAUGUAACAGCAUCAGCCGUAAUAGAUAAAUUUGAUUGGACUAAAGAUCGUACAGACGCUGCCUUUCGCCAUUUAAUGCAAGAAGGUAUUGUAUGGGUUGAUGAUUUAGAUCCUUGUGGUGAAAGAGUAUUUUGGUUUCCUAGCUUAAUGGGCUCAAUAAUUACAUCAUAAAUGUAUACUUAAUGAUGUUAUACUGCUUUCAUUCCCUGUUUAUUUAUUUUAUGAAAACCAAGGGACUUUCACCAGCCAUUAUUUUCUACAUUAUGAACUAAAAAAAUCUAAUCGUUCAUUGUUGAUCACUACCAUAAAAAGUUUACUUCUUUAAACCAACAAACAAUAAUUUGAAUUGACAUACCAACUGACACUGUAGUGGCUCAAAGAAUUAAGGCCAUGCUCAAGAGCAUGUUUGAUUUUGUCUGCUUUUUAGCGUCGUUGCGAUAAUCGUUUUUUCAUCCCUGUGAAAUUUCGUUAAUGUGACGCGUUAAGUGUUUCUCACCGUUCUAAUGUUAGUGUGUAUUUUCUAGCUUGUUAACAUUUUCUCUAUUAUAAAACAACAAUCCAUUUUAUUUGAAUUUUUUGUUUAUAUUAAAAAUCAGUGUAAAUUUGU